AUGGUUGGGCUGCAGGUCUCAGAUGUCCAGUGCACCACAGACGCUUCCACCAUCUGUGGCCCGCAGAAGGCGUCACUCCAUGCACCGUUCGCCCUUUACACUUCGCCCGUCGCUGCCUCCCACGUUCGCCAGGGGUUGCAAUGGCGGACGAUCCUCAACCCCGCAGACGGCGAUCAUCUCUCUCCGAACAUAUUCAACGGGUACUCCACGUUGAGCGAUCCAGCAAGGUUCGUCCCCACAACCGCCCAAUCAACAGAGGCACCAGCUAACAAAUUCAAGAAGCGCCAGAGUUUUGCGCUGUGGGAUGACAAGACCGGAGAGAAAACUCGGUCGGCGCAAGCUCAAUCCAUAUAUGCGGACGAGCGCAAGGCAGACGCUACGAUCGGACAUCACACGCCGACCGGCCGCUCUCUGCAGGAUGAAACGGUGCCGAGCUCCUUUACGUACUCCUCGCCAACCUCGCGGCUGCCAUCGAUGAGCACGCCGGGUUCGAGCCCCUCGGUCCAACCAGUGCGCUCUCGAGACGAAGAACUGGCCACUCAGCAGAUGGCAACACCAGUCAGAAGCAAGCCAAAGCAGGAUGAGGAGGAAAUAUGCACCUCUCCAACCUGGAAAGACACCCUUCGAAAAGAGAGGCGGGCUACCAAACGGCUAGAAGCAGAGAGAAAAGAGCUCGAAAAGCGUCUGAUCCACUUGGAAGAAGCACAAGCUAGACUAGAAAAUGGCGUGUUUGAUAGAAAUGCUCGACGCUUGACCAAGAAGCAGCCACUCGGCAGUUCUAACAGAUCAACGAGUGCCAGCUCGGACAGGCCUCGGUCAUCAGGCACGUUCUCGGCAUUAUUUUCAAGGUCAAGGCAAUCAUCCCGAUCCCGAGCGAGCUCUGUGAACGCGACGGAGGACCGAAACCAACGUCACUCGAGUGAUGGACAAACCGAAACCGACACAUUGAAUGGUCCUCCCAGUUUGCCUCUAACCCUCCCUGAACGUUUUGGAGCUGCAGUAUCUCGAGAGCUGGCCACCCGGCAUGGGACAUCCCUGAUGUCCUCCCAGCAGCUUCAACGCUCGCCGCACAUGCUUCAUCAUACCAUGGCCAAGUCGGAUGAUCUUCGCGAGAACUGGAAGAUGGCAGAAGCCUGGAAGCAACAGGACCAGGACAGCGGCCAUGAGCCAAAGGAGAUACCCACGAGUCAGAAGACAGAGUACAUUCCGAGCGACCAAUCACUAGGUGAAACCUUCCAGAGGAAAAAUGAAUCCGAGUCAUAUCUUUCAAACUCCAAGUCACCCGUGGAUCUUGACCGGGAGCUGUUUACUGCCAACCUUAGGCAUGAAAGAAAGCCAUCUGGGGGGACCAAUCCUUUCUUUCCUCCCUUAAAACAACGGACCCCAAGAGCUCAGUCCACACAGCCACCGUCAAAGAAACUCCCCCACAGUCAAGGUCAACCCAAUUCGCAACUUGAUCCUCUUCCCGCUCAAGUUUCUAGCACCCGACGUCCGCAUGACCUUCACGGUGUCCCCCCUGAGAGUGUACAUGGCCCAUACCACGCAAGAAAUUUGCAGCCAUCAUCGUCCACGCCGGGAAAUCUGUUGAGUGACCUGGCCAAGAAGAGCCGAGGAGAGACACAAACGAACACAUACAAAUCAUCGCCACUUGCCUUGAAUCCUUUCACAAUGAAAGAUGCCACCCCAAAGCAUGAGUCUCAGAAAGCAACAGCUACCCCGGCGUCAGAGCCUGCUGAAAAUUCACUUGUGCCCCAGCCGCUUCGAUUUUCACAGACAUAUAAUUUUGAAGAGCCUAGGGGUCGUAGUCGACAGUCGACAUCUGCCAAUGUGACAGAAACCCAAGAUCAGGCAAAAAACAAUACUCGCCAUGGGCAACAACGGUCCUUUAAAGGCCCAACAGACCUUGCUAGACAACUCGAGAAUCAACCUCCCAAAACUUCCUCAUUUGACCUUAAUCAAAAACCCCAUACAUCUGAAGGUGCCAGGCCUGCCCAUGCCUUUGUUCCUCCCCUGAAACACCCUGGCCGAAGACUGUCUAUCUCGAACAACUCUCCGGGAUGGGUAGGCAAUAGGGGUCAAUCAAUCCCUACAAUCGUCAUGACAGAGGCAACAGACACGAGCUCCCACGAGGCCGAGAGCACAGGACGUUCUCCUCCCGCUCAUGAUCAAGCCACUUUUAACAAUAUUCCCGCCAAAAAGUCAACUGGACCAAGCCAUAGCCGAUCAUCAUCCCAUGACUCGGGGGCAUCGAGUUAUGACACUGCAGAUGAAGAGGUGCUUGACACUCCUAAUCAUCCUGGGAGCCACCAAUCAACUUCUCCAAAGACUGAGACCACCAACAGCGGCAAUUCGAUACCAGAGGCACUCGUCGCAGGUAAAAGCUCUCCUAGCUAUGCUGGUUUCCAGGGAAAUUUUCCUCUAUCUCGAAAUGGUGUGGUGACAAUGAUGAGAAAAAAUCCUCUCCAAAACGUGAAACAGCCCAAGCAGGAUCAGUUGAUCGCCAAAUUGUUUGUGAUCUGCUGUCAAUGCCGCUACUGGCAUGAUUUCCCGUCUGAAUUAUACGCCAAGCUUGCUUGCCCUGAACGCCUUCCAUCUGAAUCUCUCCUCGGGCGAACUUUUUCGAGAGGGAACUCGUUUAAGCGAAGGACUUCGUUCAGGAAUUCGAUGUUUGGAGGGCUGUCUUCAGAACCAUAUGACCGACGACACCUGUCUGUGCCAAAACGAACGCAACCUCCUGGCUCCAUACCAAGUAGCCAGAGCCCACAACUACCUGAAAACCCUAUUUCAUGCUGCUGGUGUGGACAUAGCAUGGCCAAAUCCUGUUGCCAAGGAUGGACUACUCUUGUCAAAAUGCGUGAGAGGCACCAUUGA